AUGCCUCCCAAGCGCAUGACGGCCAACCCGGCCAGACCAGCGCGCUACCGCCCAGGCAAGCCCACCGCCGCCGAAGAACCCUCGUCAUCCGAAGAAUCCGGCUCCGAAGAGGAAGAAGAGGAGGAACAACAACAACAACAACAAAAGAAAAGCGCGCCCGCACCAAAGGCCUCGUCCUUCCCCAAAGACGCGUCCAAGAUCACAAGCAACCUCAAAAACGUCGACCUAAACGCGCGACGGCAAGAGGCCGCGGCGGCAGAAGCGGCGCGGCUGGAAGCGGAGAAGGCGGCGCGCGCGGCGGCUGAGGAAGGGUUCGAGACGGAGGAGAGUAGUGAGGACGAGGAUGAAGAUGGUAGUGAGAGUGAGGAGGAAGAAGACGACUCGUCGGAGGAGGAGAGCAGCAGUGAGGACGAGGCUGCUGCUCGCCGGAAGAAGAUGCUGCGCCCCGUCUUCGUGCGGAAGGACCAGCGCAAGGCGCAGGCCGCCGCGGCAGCGAAGACAGAGGAUGAGAAGUGGGCCGAGGACGAGGCGCGGCGCAAGGCCAAGGCGGACGCGCUGGUGCAGGAGCAGCUGGAGAAGGCGGCGGCGGAGCGCGCGGCGGGCCGCAAGCAGUGGGACGACGAGGACAACCUGGGGGAUCUGGACGACAUCGACGACACGGACGGCGUCGACCCGGAGGCCGAGCUCGCGGCGUGGAAGCUGCGCGAGCUGAAGCGCAUCAAGCGCGAGCGCGAGGCCAUCGAGGAGGCUGAGAAGGAGCGCGAGGAGAUCGAGCGCCGCCGCGGCCUCACGCAGGAAGAGCGCGAUGCGGAGGAUCGCGAGUUCAUCGAGCGCCAGAAAGAAGAGCGCGCGGGGAAGGGCACGAUGAGCACCAUGCAGAAGUACUUCCACAAGGGCGCUUUCUUCCAGGAGGACCUCAAGGCGGCUGGCCUGGAUCGCAGAGAUAUCAUGGGCUCGCGGUACGUCGACGAUGUGAAGAACAAGGACACGUUGCCCGAGUACAUGCAGAUUCGCGAUAUGACGAAGCUGGGCAAGAAGGGCCGGACGCGGUACAAGGACAUGAGGAGCGAGGAUACCGGCAGGUGGGGGGAGUUUGGAGACCGCAGAGGAGGGAGGGGCGGCGAGUUUGGUGGUAAGGGGAUGGACGACAGGUUCAGGCCGGACAGCCAGAUGGAGGGGAGAGCCGGUGCGACUGGUGCCAAUGCGAGCGCGGUGGGUGAGAGGAAGAGAUUCGGGGAGGACAGAGAAGAGCGGGAUGGGAAGCGGCCGAGGGUUGCGGAUUGA